AUGGCUACCUGGAAGGAGAUUGAGGUUUGUGCAAUGGCAAAGGUACACGAAGCUCCUUUCUCUGUUAGUCGUGACAGUGGCUGUGGCUCGCUGUGUACGGACAAGAACGAAUCAGCUAUUCAUCAUAUCAACCCAGAGGUCGAAAGCCCCUACACUCGUCCCCUGCUGUGGUCAAAAGUGAGGGAGUACUGCCGCGAUGCCUUCUCGGAAUUCUUUGGGACCAUGAUCCUGAUUCUAUUUGGGGAUGGUGUUGUUGCGCAGGUACUGCUCAGUCAUGGUGAAAAGGGAGAUUAUCAGUCUAUCUCUUGGGGAUGGGGCCUCGGAGUCAUGCUAGGAGUAUACGCCAGCGGCGCAUCCGGCGGCCACAUCAACCCAGCCGUAACAAUCGCAAACUGCAUCUUCCGCGGCUUCCCCUGGCGCAAGCUCCCAGUCUACGCCCUAUCCCAAACUCUCGGUGCAAUCUGCGGUUCAGCCAUCGUCUACGGGAACUACAAGUCAGCAAUAAACGCCUACGAAGGCGGACCAAAUAUCCGCACAGUACCCGGCUACUCGGCGACGGCAACGGCGGGCAUAUUCUGCACGUACCCGGCAGAGUUCAUGACAAAGACGGGCCAGUUCUUCUCGGAGUUCAUUGCCAGCGCGGUAUUGAUGUUCAUGAUCUUCGCUCUGAAAGACGAUGGCAAUCUCGGCGCUGGUCCGCUCAUCCCUCUCGCGCUGUUCUUCGUCGUCUUCGGUAUUGGCGCUUGUUUCGGUUGGGAAACUGGAUAUGCGAUUAACCUGGCGAGGGAUUUUGGUCCAAGAUUGACCUCCUAUAUGUUGGGAUAUGGACAUGAAGUGUGGGCUGCAGGGAAUUAUUACUUCUGGGUCCCUAUGGUUGCACCAAUACUGGGUUGCACCUUCGGUGGAUGGCUCUAUGAUGUCUUCCUGUAUACAGGCACGGAUAGUCCAAUCAAUACGCCCUGGAUGGGGAUCAAGAGAUUGUUCGGGCCCCUUACUGAAAGGCGAGUUGUGCUACAGAGCCCAGUCUAA